CACAAAGUCAUCGGAGCUGUAAUUAAGUAAAUUAUUUGUUGGAGUUGAGAUGGGAAUCUGCAUAUCCGUUGCAUCUUCAGAGAUUCACGAGGACGAUGACUGCCAUCUGAACAACCUUCUUUUCUUGGCUGAAAACAUUGCUUCUCUUGGAAUUCAACGACUCGGCUCUCUCUAUACUAAGCAAGGAAGCAAAGGGCUUAACCAGGACGCUGCCAUCCUUUAUCAGGAUUAUGGCAUGGAAGGUGUUGCAUUUUGUGGAGUUUUUGAUGGUCAUGGGAAGAAUGGUCAUGUGGUGAGCAAUAUGGUGAGGAAUAGGUUGCCAUCACUGUUGUUAAGCCAAAAGAACGCUCUGGAGAAGAUUAUAUCAGCAGAUGAGAAGAAAUGUCAAGCUAAGGUGGAUAAAACGGACAUCAAAUCAAUACAAAGCAAGGGUUUUCUUAAUUGGCAAGAGGCUUGCAUCAGUGCUUUCAAGUUGCUGGACAAGGAGAUCAUGCUUCAGGAGAAUUUGGAUUGCUCCACCAGUGGUACCACUGCAGUUGUUGUUGUCAGACAGAGUGAAGAUCUUGUUAUUGCAAACGUUGGCGAUUCAAGAGCAGUGUUAGGAACAAUGACCGAGAAUGGAAUCAAGGCUGUUCAAUUAACUACUGAUUUGAAGCCUGGUUUACCAAGUGAAGCAGAGAGAAUAAGAUAUUGCAAAGGAAGGGUACUUGCUUUAAAGGAAGAGCCACAUAUCCAGCGUGUAUGGCUGCCACAUGAAGAUUCUCCAGGCUUAGCCAUGUCUCGAGCUUUCGGAGAUUUCCUACUCAAAAACCAUGGAAUAAUUGCAGUUCCUGACGUCUUCCAUCACCACUUAACCCCAAAUGAUCAGUUCAUUGUUCUCGCAACAGACGGGGUAUGGGAUGUGCUCAACAACGAGCAAGUAGCCACCAUAGUGUUGGAGGCGGAAAACGAGCAGGCGGCAUCAAGGGCGGUGGUGGAGGCUGCUACGGCCUCUUGGAAAAAGAAUUUCCCAUCUUCAAAAGUAGAUGACUGCACCGUGGUUUGCCUCUUCCUCCAAAAGAAGCAAAAGCCAAGCUCCCUGUGUGACUAGUUUUGUUAACCAGCGUUAACUAUUCUAAAGCUUCAGAUGAUCUUUGGUCCAAUGGACAGUAGCUAAUGUUGUAUCCACUACGUAGACAAAAAAACAAAUUUGGAACAGCCAGCUUCCAACCUUCCAGGAUGAGUCAUGUAAUUGAUUGACCUUGAAUAGUUUACAAAUACAAAGUCCAAAACCAGCAUGGACUAUUUUCCCAA